AUGCAUCGCCAGACUUCCGAGCCAUCUACGCCUCCCUCCGACGACGACGAUGGAGCGCAGCUUGCCGACCACGAUGUGGAAAUGGGCCCUCCUACCGAGCAAGACGUUGACAUGACAGCAAUGCCACCCGGCAGUGAGGAUACGGGACUUGAGGCUAUGCUGCAGUCCAUGGUGCCUUCUGAUGUGGGUGCACGCCAGGCGUCCUCCUCUCAGCCUCCUCCCGCAGAUGGCAUGCGCGACGCCGAUCACCUUUCGCAGUUGUCGGACCUCACCGCUCUUCCUGAUGAAUACGCCGAUGAUGAGAGAGAGCGGUCUCCACAGCCCCCCCCUGCCAAGAAGCAGCGUCUCGGCCAGGCGAUGCCCACCUUAGGGCCUGCUGCUGCGCUUUUUGGCUCUGCGAACGAGCCAGUCCGUCGAAGCGCAAGGCGUGCGCCCGGUUUUGCCCAUCUACCCGAUGCGAGCGAUCUCCAUGCGACUGGCAUGCCUUCUGGCUCCAAGGGCCGCGGUAAACAGAGGCAGACCGUACAGGCGGAUCGGAAAGGAAAGGGCAAGGCAGUCGACUCUGAGUCCACUUGA